AUGAGUUUAGCAGAACCACGAGUAAAGCAACGUAUACCUUCUGACCCAAGGAAUUUAACAUGGAGCACUGAUCAAACAAAAUUCGGCUUUAAAAUGCUCUCAAAAAUGGGGUGGACACCUGGUAAGGGACUCGGCGUCAAUGAAGCUGGUGAUAAAGAGUAUCUAAGAAUACCGCAUAAACAGGAUCUUCUUGGCGUAGGCGCAAAUAAAAAAACUGUUGAUAAUUGGUUGGAUACGACAAGUGCUUUUGAGAAUUUGUUGAGAGGAUUGAACGAACGUCAGGAUGCUUCUCGGGAUGUUCAAGAAAAGAAAAAGAAGCGAAAAGAGAAACUUGACGGUGAAAGUGAGGUUAAGAGUGCCAGUAAUCAUAAGAUAAAAAACCCUAAAGUGUCUAAAGACAGUGAAGAGGAGGAAAAUGAUAAAAUUAAAGCAAGGAAUGCUAAUGUAUCGACAAGUCGUCUCGCACAUCGAGCAAAAUUUUUACGGAGUAAACAAGCAUCUGUAAAAGACAGCGAACGUCUUAACGAAAUCUUAGGAAUCAAACCCAAAUCUAUAGAUAUUGUCAAUGACAUUAACCAGAAUAGUGUAGAAGUUGCUGGUAGUCAAAUGGAUAUCCAAUUUUCAUCUUUCGCACCAACGGGAUUAGGAUACUCCGAUAAAAACGAAGUAGAUUCUUCCUCUUCCUCAUCUACUCUGAAUCCAAAAAAGAAGAAACGGGAAUCAAAAAACAAUAGUAUAUAG